AUGCGAGCCAAGUCCAGGAAGCCAGAACGCAACCAACGUCUGAUUGCUAGCUUCUUUGGUGGAGGAUCAACAUCAAAUACCAAAACACCAGAGAAGGUUGUGAUUUCCCACAAAGAAAGUAAACUUGCUCGGAUCUCGCAAUCUCGUUCGGCUUUCGACGAACGUGGAAGCUCCGACACGUCGUUCGGAUCUCCAGAAGUCAACAAUUUCCACAAUCCAACUCUCUCUCGCUUCUCAAGCAACCUCAUGGGUCUGCCUGAGGAGAGGCGCAAGCAACAGGCGGCGUUGUUUGUGGAUCUCGAUUCAGAGGAAGAGAAGGAAAACACUGAGCCUAGUCUGGGUCUUCUCAGUGCUCAGCAGAAUUCUAGUCCGGUCAAGAAAGUGCCAUUGAAACGUUCGGGUUCGUCUAAUCUUUUAGACUUCUUGAAUGGGCAGCUUAAGCGAAACCCGAAGAAAGUAGCCAGUCGCACACCUCCUCCAACAGUACAAUUGGCUCAGACAUCGUCUUCGAUUGCUCUCAGUCAUGAGCAGAGGGCCAUUAUUGACUAUGUGGUCACCAGAGGAGAGAAUGUGUUCUUCACUGGUUCUGCCGGUACAGGUAAGUCCGUUGUGUUGCGAUACUUAGUGACGGAGUUAAGGAGAAAACAUGGUCAAUUCAAUGUGGGUGUCACGGCUUCCACAGGUUUGGCGGCAUGUAACAUCAACGGUCAGACCGUGCACAAGUUUCUCAGCAUUGGUCUAGGCUUGGGGUCUCCCCAGGAUUUGGCCACCAAGAUUAAGCGAAAUGGGCCUGCCAAAAAGCGCUGGAUGUCGUUGAGGGUGCUCAUUAUUGAUGAAAUCCUGAUGAUCGACGGAAAGUUGUUUACCAAGAUCGAUGAGGCAGCCAAGAUAAUCAGAAACAACCAGCAACCAUUUGGAGGAAUCCAAAUCGUGUGCACAGGAGACUUCUUCCAGCUACCUCCCGUUUCUAAGACUAAUGAGAGCGAGUAUUGCUUUAAGAGUCCCUCGUGGAGUAGAGCCAUUACUCGCACAAUUACGUUGAAGCAGGUUUUCCGUCAGAAAGGCGACUCAGAGUUGAUUGACAUGUUAAAUUCGUUAAGAAGCGGUAAUCUCGACCCCGCCAUGAUAGCUAAGUUCCACCUGUUGAGUCGAAAAGUCACAUAUAGCGAUGGAAUCGAACCUACAGAGUUGUUUCCUACAAGACAGGAGGUCAAGCGGGCUAAUGAGAUGAGAUUACGAUCAUUGAGGGGUGCUAAUUACGUUUAUAAAGCGCAGGACAAUGUCAUGGAUCCUUACCUAAAGAAGAUUUACGACAAUUUGAUGUGUGAGGAACUUUUGGAGUUGAAGGAAGGCUCUCAAGUCAUGUAUCUUAAAAACCAUCCAGAUAACAUUGUUGUCAACGGAUCGAUUGGCACGGUGAUUGGUUUUGUCACAGAGAAUAUAUGGGGAACCAUUUGUUCUCAGUUUGGAGUUCGUGAACUCGUCAACCCAUCUCGGGAGUUUAUUCUCUUGCUACAGUUAAUUUCAGGACUAGCAGGGUCGGGAACAUUCACUGACGAACAGAGAGACAUAUUUAACAAUUUACCUGCUGAGUGGCAAUCCAAGGCUACUAAGCUCACCAUGGAUGCACGCCAAAUGAAUAAAGCGGACAUGUUGCCGGUGGUGAAUUUCAAAGCUGCGGAUGGAGAGUUCACAGUUAUCUUAGUGCGCAGAGAGGAGUUCAGUGUAGACCAAUUGAAAGCUAAGGCAAUCCCAGGCAGCGCACCUGAGCAGAUCACACGAGUUCAACUUCCCCUUUUACUAGCAUGGGCUAUGUCUAUUCAUAAGGCACAGGGCCAAUCCAUUGACCGCCUUCGUGUUGAUCUACGCAAGAUUUUCGAGAAAGGUCAAGUUUAUGUUGCACUUUCGCGUGCAACCUCCAAGGACCAUUUAGAAGUUCUUAAUUUCGACCAUCGGCGAAUUCAUGUUGCUCAGGAGGUCCGGGACUUUUACAAAUCUCUCUAA